AUGGUAUUGAGAGUAGUCACAAACCCACAUCUUAGGAAUCUUUACUGCCGUGUCUCUUCUUUAACACUAAUGGGGAUCCAUCUGGUGUUGGUCACGGAGGGUGACCUCCCCAAACUGAAAAGCAGCACGGUGCAGAAGAGAAUAGAAGCUCGCUUUGGGCCGUUGAGAAAGCCUAAGAUCGCCAAAAAAGGGAGAUCCCGUUUCAAAUCUAUUUUGAAAGAGUGCCUUGAACUGCUGGAGUGCUUGGGAAUCCCAUGGAUUCAAGCAGCUGGAGAAGCAGAGGCAAUGUGCGCUUACCUGAAUGCAAAUGGCUAUGUGGAUGGGUGCAUCACCAAUGACGGAGAUAUCUUCCUUUACGGCGCUCAAACAGUAUAUCGAAAUUUUACCAUGAACGUCAAGGACCCACAUGUUGACUGCUACUUGAUAUCUGAUAUUGAAGAGAAACUAGGCUGCAGCCGAGAAUCUCUGAUCGGAUUAGCAAUUCUGCUUGGCUGUGAUUAUCUUCCUAAGGGAGUUCCUGGAGUAGGAAAAGAACAGGCUUUAAAGUUGAUCAAAACUUUGAAAGGACAGAGUUUACUGCAAAGAUUUGAGUCCUGGAAAGACCAUUUCCAGUCGGGUGAAGUCUCAGUCUCGAUAGCUAAAAAACCGCUUCACUGUUCUGUGUGCCAUCAUCCAGGUUCUUAUAAAGAUCACGAGGACAUGGGAUGUCGUAUCUGUGGUAGUGUGGGAUAUUGUGAGCCCCUGGAUACUAGCUACUGCUGCCCCUGUGACUGGCACUCUUCUGAGUCAGAGCAGCAACAGAGCUUAGUGGAGGAAGGUGUUAAAAAAAAAGCCAAGGCAUGUGAAGGUUUUCCCUUUCCUGAGGUUAUCCACGAAUAUCUCAUCAGCAAAGACAAACCAGUGAAAUUAAGUGGGUGCCAAAGGCCAAAUUUAUUAUCUUUUCAAAGGUUUGCUGUGAAGAAAAUGAACUGGACCGAGCAGUACGCCUGUGAGAAAUUGUGUAGCCUUCUGACUUACUAUGACAUGAACAGAAAGAAGUCUGGCCAUACUGAUCCAAAGCAGCUGCAGGCCCUGCGGGUAAUCAAGACACGGAUUAGAAAUGGAAUUCCCUGUUUUGAAAUUGCAUGGCAAAAGCCAGAUCAUUACUGUGCUACAACUGAAGAUCAGCCGGCCGAUCCCUUUCUAAUAACAAUAGAAGAGUCAACGCUAUUUGAGGCUGCCUAUCCUGAAGUGGUUGCUUUGUAUCAAAUGGAGAGGUUGAAAAUUGGCCAAGAAAAAAAGAAAAGUAAGAAGAAAAGUAAAGUGAAAGAAGGCUUAGCAGGGAACAGUGAAGAUACUUUUUCAGACCUGAACUUGCAACCUGCGUGUGAAAACAUUCUCAGCCAAAUUUCAAAAUCUGAUUUGCCUGUUUUUGACCUGCAAGAAUUUCCCCAAAAGAGCUGCGAAUCUCUGUGUUUUUCAGACUCUGCAGAUUUUUUUACUGCAUUAGGAAAGCCAAGCAACUUCUUUCUUGCUUCACGAAACCCAGAAAAUCAAUAUAAACCUUCUAAUUCUUUAAUCUCACAAACAAACUUAUUUGCUAAGGAGCUUGUGGCUUCUUCUGCAAAUACUGAUCUGCAGCUAAGUGGCAUUGACUGGGAAGGGACCUCCUUCAGCAUUUCUCCAAGAAAUGUUAAUUUUCCUUGGUAUUCAGAAUCUAAGUCUUCCUUAAGUCAGUGCUCUCCACCACACAGUAAAGCAACCGAUAUCCUCACGCAGUAUUCAGAUUCUGCAGAACACGAUCCCCAUCUAAUCACUGGUGUAGAUUACUCUGUUUCAAACACAGGCUUUCCUAAAGAGAUGAAUGAUUUGUCUUUAAAAGAUCGAACCACUAGGGAAAGUUUGGAAGCUUUCCCCAAAGUUAAAAAUGUGUCUUUGUUAAACGCCGUACAAUUGCAAGAACCGAUAAAGAGAACAACUAGCCCUGGAGGGGAAUUUUCAUUUCUUCCUGACAGCAUUCAGGAAAUUGAAAAUGUGAUGUUACUAGAAAAACAUCUGCGGGGUCUAAGCUUAGAGAACUCUAAAGAAGAUCUCCAAAGUUAUAACCCACAAACUGCAGCAGAUAAAGUCAAGGAUUCAGGAAGUUCUUUGAGGCUGUGCACUGAAAAGCUAAAAGUGAGCCACUUAGAAAACAAACAGCAAAUUUUGCAUUUUAGGUCAAAUCAAGUCCUAGAUAACUCUCAAAUCGGGGGGAAAUCUGUGCCGAGAAACAUGAAAAGCUCACUUAAGAAGAGCGUGUGCCAAAAUAGUUAUCCUGCUGAGGACAGUGAUAGUGAAAAUGUGGAGGGCAGGUGGAAGGGUCAUAAGAUCUCAAAACAGCAAAUAAAGAGUCAUGCAGUUCAGCUGAAGGAUAAGUGCAGCGGCAAAAGGAACAACAAGAAAUUGGCAUUUGAGAUUCAGCCAGAACCAAAAGAGAAAGUUGAGCACGCUCUUAAAUUACUCAACACUGAUUUAUCCACAGAAGAACGUCUGCUUCUACCUCUCUCCAAGUCUCCAAGCCUCUCCAAAUGUGGAGAUGAUCCUUGUCUUCAGGAGACCAGAAGUGAUUUGAAUAUGUGGCUUGAGAGUCCAUUGCCUCUGUCUGAAAGGCUGAAGCACAGAUUGAAGAGCAGUUGAGAAUUUCUUGUUCCCUUCUCUCUGAUGUCUUCAUCUGGAAAUAUCUCAAAUGUCUUGAUAGAUUUUAAAUGUCCUCUAAAUUUAAUAAGUUCCAUAACUGUGAGUAGUAGAAGAUUGAAAGAAGUGUCUGAAGUGAAAUGACUCACAAAUUCUUCAAGCAACUUUUCUGUAGUGACGUGUUCUAAUUUUGACUAACAGACCUGCUGUGAGUUGGGCUGAAUUUUUCCUAAAUAAUUUGCUUGAGUGGUUGCAUCAAUCAUACCACAAUAGCAUGAACUCAAGAAUAAAUAGAUAAUAAUGUUAAGUUUUUUGCAGAGUAUAAAAUAUGUAACGACUUACUGAUCAAUGGUAGUGGCAAAGCUACUGACAUUUUUACACGAACAGAUUGGUGUUAUCAUAGUAUAUGUUUUUAUAUAUUUGCUGCAGAUUUUCAGGUCCAAAUUAAAUAAUGUUCUACAUCCAAUCUUGGAGUCAAUCCCUACACAUGCAACAUAGUUAAAUACCAGAAUCAUAAAGCGGUUAAAAAAAUCAAUUUAGAACUGGCCUAUAAGAUACCUUUAGAAUUAGAAAUCUAAUUUAUCAGAGAGGACUGCUUCAAUCUAGUACUUUAUCUGCUCUUUGUUUUCUCCUUUGACCAAUUUUCUAACUUGGGAUUAUAUGUCUUAGAAUCAUAAUGACUUUCAUUUGUAACACUAUAUAAUUUGGUUUUUAAAUAGAUUUUCAUAUAGACUUUUUUUUUAAAUGCAAUGCUUUUCAAUAAUAGUAGUUUAAAUUUUAAUAAUUAGACACAAAUACUUUGCAACAAUAUUUAUGUAAUGGC